AUAUGCUGGCUUUUUUUUUUUUUUGCACCGGAAAUGGAACUCAUGACCUCAAGCUUGCCAGGCAGGCGCCUCUGCCGCUGAGCUAAAUCCCCGCCUCAGGCUGGUUUUGAACUCACUUGUGGCCCAGUUGGCUUCCAACUCGCAGAGAACCUCCUGUCUCAGCCUCCCAAGCGCUGGAAUUACUGGGGUGUGCCACCAGCCCAGCUUGGGACGCCCCUCUUCUGACAGCACUGGGCUCUCCGCACCCCUACGGCGGUGGAGGGAUUUGCAGGGAUCCGGAAGGAACAGUGGCCACUCUGAGGGGCGGGAUGCAGCCACCCGGGCCCUGAGGGCUGUGCAGGAGCCCAGGAGGGCCCCGCCCCCCCCAGCUGCGCCUCUUUGCACCGGGAGCCGAAGCGCCCCGACGCCACCUCCGCCCACAGGUGGCGCCCAUUCUCAUCAGGGCUUCUCCGCGGGGGCGGGGCGGCCACCGAGAUUGGGACGGGGACCGGGCUGGCACCAUGGAGGCUGAUCUUGCCCCGGACCUGCUGAGGGAGCUGCUGGCCCCACCGCGUCUGGACCCCGAGCCGCCCCCGGGACCCUCGGCCCAGCGGCAGCCGCGGCCCGUGCAGUGCCCCAGGCCCGGUGGCAGGUCCCUCUGGCCCGUGUGUCAGGACUCUGUCACCAUCCUGCGGCUUCUGCAAGAGACAGAAGAGGGCCAGGCCCUGGCCCCCACCCAGGCCGCCCAGGCCUUGGGGGCCUGCUGGGAGCCUGUGGCCCGGGGGGCUGCAGGCCCCCUGACCAUGGCCAGGAGUUCCAAGAACAAGCAGAUCCUGGGCAGCAGAAAGUGUCGCAGCCGGGAGUCCCCUAGGCCAGCUGCAGCCCCGCCCCAGAGAAGGUCCCGAAAGCAGCCCAAGCCUCGCCAGGGAGCCAAGCGGGUGGACCCCGCGUUCAAGGGGGUGACCCUGAAGUUCCAGAUCAAGGCGGAUUCCAGCCUGCAGAUCUCACCCACCUACAGCCUGGCCGGCAGCAGCCAAACUGAGGGAGCCCCCGAGAGCCCUGCCAGCACCGCCGCCACCGAGCCCAACCCCAGAGCUAGCGAGGCCCUGGGGCCCCGGCGCUGUGCGUCCUGCAGGACCCAGAGGACGCCCCUCUGGAGAGACGCCGAGGACGGGACCCCACUCUGCAAUGCCUGUGGGAUCAGGUAUAAGAAGUAUGGUACCCGCUGCUCGGGUUGCUGGCUGGUGCCCAGGAAGACUGUCCAGCCCAAGAAGCUCUGUGGCAGAUGCGGGGUGUCCCUGGGCCCUCUCGAAGGCCCAUCUCAGGCAGUGUAAGCUGUCUUUCAGCCAGCUGAGUCUGUUCUACCUCAGUUUCCCCAGGGAAAGAAGGGGCAGAGCUCCCAACGAGUGAGGAGAAAUCCAGCCAGCCCGCGUGCAGGGGUCCCAGGGUGGAGACUGGCCCCCCUCUUCCGCCCAAUCAGGCUUGGCUGGGCCCCAAAUAAAGGAAGUUCUCAGUA